AUGGCGUCACUUACAACAUCUUACAGCGAUUACAGUUUUUCCUUCAAGCUCUUCAUCUCCUUCGUCGUCUAUGGCUAUUGCGUCUCUCUCAUAAUCAUCAAUCCAGCUUCCUCUGCUCCGACUCCUCCUCCUCCAUCGAGCAUCCUGCUGACCAGCGUCUGCAGAAACACAACCGAUUACAAUUUCUGUUUUGACUCACUCAGCUCCUCUGAUCCUCGAGCGGCCACUGCCACUGCGGAUCCUAUUGAACUAGCAUAUGCCUCAUUCCGUUUGGCUUACUCCAAAGCCACCGCCACAAAAGCAUACAUCGAUGAUCAUCUGCUAAAAUCGUCUUCCUCUUCCGAAGCUGCUUCAAAUCCUCUCCAUCGUUGCAGCGGUUUCUACGAGGAGGCUAUGGAAGCCCUAGAGGCGGCUUACGGUGACUUAGAUUCAGAAUCUUAUUACUGGCUAGCGGAACUUGCUGGAGUUGCCGGUAAGAAGGUCGCCGAUUGCAACAAAAGUUUCAUCCGUAGAAAAGUUCCGACUCCGUUGUCACGCAUGAUUCGUGACUUGAAGAAUCUUUGUCAGAUCUGUUUAGUUAUCUCUAAUCUGUUUAUUACUUCUUAA